AUGGUCGAAUCCAGCGACGAUCGUCGCGAGCGCCGGCGCUCUGUGACCUCACCAUCAGAUCAUAACCGCGAACGCCGGCCACGGGAUGCACCUCACGACGACUGCCAUUCGAGCUCACGACGACGUGAUGAACACCACCGAAGCUCUCACCGGGACGGUUCUAGACGAAGAUCGUCCCGCAGCCCACUUGAAAGAACCACUGGUCGCAGUGGCGGUGACAGAUCUCGCCGCGAGCGCAGAGAACGAUCUACAAGCUCAACCCGUGAUGACCGCCGCAGACACAGACACCGCAGCCACCGACACCGUGACAGCCGCCUUAGUGAUGAAAAACGAUCAUCUCGAAGACAUCGUGGCACACCAUCCCGCUCUCGUUCCCCGCGAAGAUCACGCAGCCCUGCACCCCGGGCAUUAGAACGAAGUGGCCCGCUUCCCUCGCAGUCCGAUGCAUUCACUGAUAUGGCACACCCUUCAGAUGCACCAGCGCCUGAAAAGCAGAAGCCGAACUUCAACACUACUGGUAGACUCGCGGCAGAAAGCAACACAGUUCAAGUCCAGGGUGGAGAAAUAGUUCUGAAAUACCACGAGCCUCCAGAGGCGCGCAAACCGCCUGCCAAGGAACCUUGGCGCAUGUAUGUGUUCAAAGGGCAAGAUUUGCUAGAAACAGUCGAACUAGGUGAACGAAGUUGUUGGCUGGUUGGCCGCGAGCGAACGGUGGUAGACUUUCCGCUCGACCACCCCAGCUGCUCAAAGCAGCAUGCUGUGUUACAGUUCCGAUUUGUUGAGAAGCGCAAUGAGUACGGCGAUCGCAUCGGCAAGGUUAAGCCUUAUCUUAUUGAUCUGGAAAGUGCAAAUGGAUCGAGUGUCAACGGGGAAACCAUUCCAGGUGGCCGUUACGUGGAAGUCAUGGAUAAGGACGUGAUACGCUUUGGUUUAAGCUCUCGCGAGUAUGUUCUCAUGCUGCCUCCGAGCUGA